AUGUCAUUGGACCACUUCUUGAAUGAAGUAAGGUCUGCUUCGGUGAAUUCAAUUGGACGGGAUGGCUCUGAACAAUUUGCUAACCUGUUGUCUGUCAAUUUAACAACCCAUCAAACAGCUGUCAGAGUAUCAACAUUACAAAAAGAGCUUCAAGCUAAUCAAUCAUUAGAUCUCGAUAAAUUGGUAGAAUCCCAAAACUACUAUGAUAAUGACUGGCUACCUUUCAAUUCCAUAGUGGUCUCAUAUUUGAAGUUUUGUCGUGAUAUAAAUCCAAGAUCCAUCUUACAAAGUCAUGAUUUGUUAUUAUAUUUUUAUAAUGAUUUGUCAAUUGCAUUUUUAAACAAUACAUAUGGGAAUCAUAUGAGUAAAUUGAUGUUUGAAACCACUAAAUAUCUUGUUCCAAUGAUGAAAAGAGUUGAUUUCUUUUUGAAUUUACAAAACAAUGGGAAAAAAUUCAAAAGACUAAUAUUUGUAUCAACAAUAUUAACAAAAGUGUUCAAUCAUUUACGUUCAUUGAAAGGUCAGUCAAACAAGAAACAGCUUAUUUUAUUUAUUGUCAAUAACUUGAACAAAGUAUACUUUACAAUCAAUAAUCCAUUAUUAUGUGCAAACAUAUUUGCAAAUAUGAAUUUAUUGAAUCUAAAACUAAGUCAAUAUCCAAAAGCUCAACAAAUAGAAUAUAGAUACAUUUUGGGUAAAUACUACAUGAUCAAAAAUCAAUUCACAAAAGCAUUCCAUCAUCUUCAAUGGAGUUAUAUGAAAUCAAGUAAAAUAGCUAAUGAAAAGAACACUUUAAGAAUUCUACGGCUUUUAAUACCCGUUUCAUUGCUAACUGGGAGAAUACCAAGUAAACAAGCAUUAUCAAUAUCACCAGAAUUCCAACAACAUUAUUAUCCAUUGAUCAAAUAUUUACUUACUGGUAAUCAUAUUGGAUUUCAAAAAUAUUUAUUCGAUAAUCAAGAAUAUUUUAAAAACAAAUUAUUAUUGAUUCCGUUAGCACAAAGAUCAAAAAUUUUAAUAUUUAGGAAUUUAUUAUUCAACAUCAUGAUGUGGACCCAAUCAACAAGAUUCAGUUAUGAUCAAAUAGGUACAACUUUAAGAUUAUCAAUUGGAUCACCUCAACAACAAUCACAGCUAUUUGGGGAUCAAUACUUAUUUCAAAUAAUCAAUGAACCAAUUGAUGAUAGUUUCAUUGAAAAUGUUUGUGUUUCUCUCAAUGAAAAUGGAAUGAUCAAAGGUAAUGUUUUAUCUAGAGCUAGAACUUUAGUUUGUUCUAAAAAGGAACCAUUCACUAAUAUUCCAGCUGUUUAUGAUCGACUUUUCGGUCCAUCUUCCAACGAGAAAUGGAUGGACUUAUGA